AUGGUUACGUUGGAUUUUAACACUUUUGCUCUAUCUGUGGUUGCCUUUGAUAAUUUGUGCGAAAGGCUUAACGUGAGUAAGUUGGUCACUCUGAUCAUCAGCGAGAAAACAGUCUCCAUUCUCUGUCAGAUGGGGGAUUUUGGAUGUGGAGAUGGAGGUUGGACGCGUGUGAUGAAGAUUGACGGCAGCAAGACCACUUUUGAGUUCUACUCUAUGUGCUUGGAGGAUAAAAAGGUGUUUAAACCUAAAGGAGGCAAGACUGGGUUUGAUUCAAAAGAGACCAAGUUACCGACCUACUGGAGCAAAUCCUUCUCCAAGAUUUGUCUUGGUAUGAACAUCGACCAAAAACUCAGGUUUAUCGUCAUUAAUAAAGAUGCCGACUCUCUGUACUCACUGAUCGCUGACCGGAAAUAUCGCUACACACCACUGGGGCGUGACACGUGGAAGAGCCUUAUUGGUCCUCCUGCUUCCCUGUAG